AUGCAUUCUGGUUGUAAUUGUUUCACGCAUCCUGGUUGUAAUUGGUACGGCUUGAGGCUAACGAACGUGUCGCUGCCAGCGGUGCUGCUGAGGGAGGACGACUGGAGGCAGCUCGUGCAGCACGCCCACACCGGCAGGCCGGGCGCCGUCACACUCAGAGGCGCUGAGUCCCGCCUCGAGGAGGCUCUUGCGCUCGCAGUGAGGAAAGCUAUAUCGAGGAUGGAGGAGGACAGGCGAGCUGCAGGGGGCGAGCGGGGGGAUGAGCGAGGGGGCAGAGGGGGGCGAGGGGCGGUGCAGCAGCAGGUGUCAGUAAGGGCGGUGCAGGAGUAUGCGAGGCGGCUGGCGCCGCUGGUAGGGGUGGGUCGCGGAUUCACAUGCAGCGUAGGGUGGGUGCAGCAGUUCAUGCAGCGCUGGGGGUUCCACCCUCCUGGGGGCACUGCAGGAGGCGGUGGUGGGGCGAGGGGGCGAGGGGGCCGGCUGGGUGGGAGGAGAGGGGAGGAUGGUCGGACAGAGGACGAACUUGAAGAAGGGGGAGGGGAGGAGGGGGAGGAGAGUGAGGGGCAGGGAGGAGUGAGUGCGAGGAUAAGGGGGAUACUGGACGAGCGGUGUGAAGUGCGGCAGGAGGAGGUGGCAGCGCUGGUGGCGGUGGCAGAGCAGCAGCGGGAGAGGCGCGCUCAGAUCAAGGCGAGUGGGCGCCGGCUGACGGACGUGCGCGAGGAGGAGUGGAUAGAAGAGGGGCGGCACGAUGGUGCUGGUGGGCGGGGCAGGGCUGCAGGGGAUGGGAUGGAGAGUGAUGGGGGGGAUGGGGGCGUGACUGGAGACAGCGAUGGCGCCUUGGACGUGACGGACAAUGAUGGUGCUGGUGGUUUUGACACAGACACUGACCUUGACCUGCCCGCCGCUCAUGCCAAUACCAACCCCCGUGCUGCUGCCACUGCUAUUGCCACCCUGCUGGCGUCACUGGCCGGCGUGCGGGUGGCAUCUGCCGCCCAGGCCGCCCCUCAGCUGCAGUGUGCGUGGGCUGCCCUUGCGGCAGCCACGCCGUUCCCCCGGCAGCUCACAGCGCACCGCGCGGCAGAGGUGGCGCGCGCAUGGCGCCGCCUUGAGAGGUCCCGCGUGCUGCUGUGGGAGGGGGGUGCUGGGAGCGAGGGGGGUGCUGGGAGCGAGAGCAGUGAGAGCAUGAGCGUAGAGGAAAUUGGAGGGAUGGGCAGCAGCAUGGAGGAGUGGGAGUCGAAGGAGGGGAUAGUUGGCGUGGUGGCAGGGAGGAGCGCAGGAGGGGGCAUGCCUGGUGGCCGAGGGAGGAAGAGGAGGAGGAGCGGGGAUGAGCAGGACGGUGUGGUGGCAUCACGGGCCGGGGCAGCAGCAGCAGUGAGGGGAGCAGCAGGUGGAGGGCGGUUGGCAGGAGGCGGGCAGGGGUCAGCGGGCAUGGCAGCACCGCUGCUGGCCCCGGAGCUCAUAGUGGCGGCGGCCCUGCGAGCUGCUCUUGCUCCCCACCCCGUGCCCGCCCACCCCAUGCCCGCCCCGCCUGCUGCCCACGCCCUGCGCUUCCCGUUCCCCCACGCUGCGCCACCCGCCACCACCGCACUGCACUCCCUCGCACAGCUGCUUGCAUCUGCUGGCUUGCCGUCGGGCCUACUCCCUGUCGCCAGGCCAUACGGCCCUGCCUGGGGCCAGCACCUACUCACUGCGCCUCGCCCUUCCUCCCACGUUGCUCCCUCUCUGCCAACGCCACCUCCCCCCCGGUCGCUCACUGCGCUCCUCACUUCAAUCACCCCCCAGUACUGCCAGCAGUGCUGCAACUAA